AUGGCCGCAACUGGUCCGAUUCUUGGGUCUACAGGAACGAUCCAAGGAAAUAAUUCAACAUUUGUUACUGCUACAAGUAUUUCGUCGAAUGCACAAGUGAGUCCAGUACCACAAUUUGGUACUCAGGGGACACCCCCACCGAAUCAAGGAUUCGGAGACCAGAGACAAUGGAGAGACCCACCCUACGGGAUGCCAUAUUCUUACAUAGCGGGUUUAAGUAGUAGUAAACUUGUUUAUCCGGCACCAAACGUGUCAGCUUUUACCCCAUUCCAAAAUUUUGGUUCUGGCGUGAAAAAUUUGGGACAAAAUGGCCAAGGCCAAAACGUCAUACCCACGCUAACAACAAAUAAUCAAGCAGCGUUCCGACAACAAAUGGACGCUAGUAAUCAGGAUAUGAACAUUAACAAAACCAACCAAGAUAACUCUGAGACAUGUCAACAAUUGUCAGCACAGAUGGGUCAAAUAGCAAACUUUUUAGGCGCUCCCGAGACUUCGGUGCGUCGAUGGACAAACCAAAUAGUUACCAAGGAGGAUGAACUAACCAUAAAUCAAGUUCGGCCACCAAGACUACCCCUCGAAACGGAAAUUUUAAGGGCGGAACAACAUAUAGUUCGACUAGAAACCCCUGAAGAACAACCUGGGAGGGUAGUACUAGUUGAUAGAAACCAAAAUGCUGAUGAAGUGAUUCACAGGGUUAGGAAAAAUAAUCAGAUGGAGACAAAUCUAACUGCUAUGAUAGAGAGGAUCAUGGCCCAAAAUGGUCUAAAUAUCGGACUUCGGAGGCCAAAUUAUACAUCCCCUUUAUCUGAUUAUGUCUUACAAGCUGAUUUACCUAGGGGUCGCAAGGUCCCUACCAAGUUUUCAGGUGAUACUAGUGAAUCUACCACAGAGCACAUAGCCAGGUAUAUGACAGAGGUAGGAGAUUUGGCGAACAAUGAGGAUCUGAGGAUGAAGUAUUUUCCCAGUUCUCUAACCAAGAAGGCUUUCACAUGGUUCACAACACUACCGCCAAACUCCAUAGAUACUUGGUCCCAGUUCUGUUUGCUAAAAGCUAGAUGUUUCACAGUGGUACCUGAACACGAAUUAGUCGAAAUGGCCGCUGGAGGUCUAGAUUACUCCAUCAGGAAGAAAUUGGACACUCAAUAUCUGCGAGAUAUAGCCCAAUUGGAUGAUAAAGUUCGCCAGGUCGAAAUACUGAAAGCAGAGAAGGCUAGAGCAAAUAAAAGUUAUAAAAAAGAGAGGGUUACCUAUGUCGAAGUAGACGAAGGAGGACCAGAUACCUUCGAGGACCAAUAUGGUUUCGAAGAUUGCGAGGUAGAUCUAGCCGAAUUAAAAGAAGCAGAUGGCCAAAUAGUUUUGCCUUCUAAUAUUAAGAUUCCUCCGUUUGAGCAACGGAAGAAGAGAGGCUACUGUAAAUACCACAAUUUUUUGGGCCACAAAACCUCACAGUGUUUCCUUUUCAGGGAUCUUAUCCAGAAUGCCAUAAAGGAAGGGCGUCUGAAGUUUGCUGACAAAGGGAAAAGUCAGAUGUAG